AACUUUUGGCGUUAACGAACACUGACGACCGGACCGCCUUCCAGCUCUCCACUCUCGUCUUUUGCGUCUUGUUCUUCGAGUUGUGCGGACGUGUGCGUGCGCCUCUAACAAGCAACGUUAAACGUUGAAUGUGACCGUGCAGUGUAAAGUGCCAGUGCCGUUUUGAAAAGCAAAACCCUUUGGUCAAAAGCAAUAAAUCUUUUAAAUUUUAUCCUCUUUUCAUAUUAGUCUAUGUUUUGUGCAUUACGAGAGCGAGCGAGUGUAUAACAAAAAGCGUGUGCUCCCAUAGUGAUUGUAUUGACUUGUACUCGUGUGUGUGAAACGACUGGAGGAUCGGCCGACCGACAUUUAGAAAAGCAGCCACGCCACAUAUUAAGAAGGAAGAAAGCAAACAAUUUAAAUUUUAAGCAUUUCAACAGAAAAGGAAGCGAACAUGACUGAAGUCGAGCAACCGCCACAGAAUGGCAUAGACCCAACCGCCGGCGAUCACGACGAGGACAGCAAAGCGCGUCCCGCCGAUAUUGAACAGGAUAUGCGCGAAAUGGAGCGCCGCAAACGCGUCGAGGCCAUUAUGGGCUCGAGGCUGUUCCGCGAGGAACUGGAACGCAUCGUCGAUACGGCCCGUGAGGGAGGUGGCGGGGCCAGCGGCAUACUUCAGCAGCUGUCGGACAUUGUGGGCGUGCCGGUGAGCCGGGUGGGCAGCGUUUUCAAGAGCAGCAGUUGCAUGGUGCCCAUCAACGAUAUACGCGGCGUGGAGUCCAUGGGCUAUGCCAAGGGCGAGAAAAUACUCCGCUGCAAGCUGGCUGCCACAUUCCGUCUUCUGGAUUUGUACGGCUGGACGCAGGGUCUGGGGGCACAGAUCACCGCACGCCUAAAGGUCGACCAAGAGUACUUCCUGGUCAAUCCCUAUGGCCUGCUCUAUCAUGAAGUCACUGCCUCGGCGCUAAACAAGGUGGAUAUGCAGGGCCAUAUUGUGGAGCAGGGCACCACCAACUUUGGCGUGAACAAGAGCCACUUUGUCCUCCACUCGGUGGUGCAUGCAGCACGCCCCGACAUUCGCUGCGCCAUCUACAUUGGCUGCAGUCCGGUUGUGGCCAUCUCUUCGUUGAAGAGCGGCCUGCUGCCCCUCACCAGGGAUGCCUGUGUGCUGGGCGAGAUCACCACGCACGCGUACACGGGUCUGCUCGAUGAGGAGGAGCGCAACCGCCUUGUCCGCAGCCUGGGGCCCAACUCCAAGGUCAUACUGUUGGCCAACCACGGCGCCCUAUGCUGCGGCGAGACCAUCGAAGAGGCCUUCUUCGCCGCCUGCCACAUUGUGCAGGCGUGCGAGACGCAACUGAAGCUACUGCCCGUGGGUGUCGACAAUCUGGUGCUGAUUCCCGAGGAGACGCGCAAGAUCAUCUACGAGCAGUCGCGCCGGCCCCCAGAGGACCUGGAGAAGAAGUUUGCCGCCGUCACGGCUGCCGAGGAUGGGGCCACUGCCACGGAGCCUGCUGUCGCUGAACAGGCGGCUCCCACGCCCAAAAUCGGCAGUCCGCCCAAGUGGCGUGUUGGGGGAGCCGACUUCGAGGCCCUUAUGCGCAUGCUGGACAAUGCUGGCUAUCGCACAGGCUACAUCUACCGCCAUCCCCUGAUUAAAUCGGAUCCACCCAAGCCCAAGAACGACGUGGAGCUGCCACCGGCCGUGUCAUCUCUCGGCUAUCUGCUCGAGGAGGAGGAGCUCUUUAGACAGGGCAUCUGGAAGAAGGGAGAUCUGCGCAAAGGAGGCGACCGCAGUCGCUGGCUCAACUCCCCAAAUGUGUAUCAGAAGGUCGAAGUCCUGGAGACGGGCACCCCAGAUCCCAAGAAAAUCACAAAGUGGGUCGCUGAGGGUUCACCCACCCAUUCGACGCCCGUGAGGAUCGAAGAUCCGCUGCAGUUUGUGCCAUGUGGGACGAAUACCAAGGAGUUUAAGCGCGUCCAACAGCAAAUCAAGGAUAAUCGACGUGCGGACAAAAUCUCAGCUGGACCACAGUCUCAUAUACUGGAGGGCGUGACCUGGGACGAAGCGAACCGCAUCAAAGAUGCCACUGUCUCGCAGGCCGGUGAUCAUGUGGUGCUAAUGGGUGCCGCCUCCAAGGGAAUCAUUCAGCGGGGCUUCCAGCACAAUGCGACUGUCUACAAGGCGCCAUACGCCAAGAAUCCCUUCGACAAUGUGACCGACGAUGAGCUGAAUGAGUACAAGCGGACGGUGGAGCGCAAAAAGAAGAGCAUUCAUGGCGAAUACACCGAUACGGACUUUUCGGAAUCAGAGGCUCUUAACUCGAUGCAGGCGGCGGGAGCUUUGGCUCAUGCUAAACACGCACAGAGCGAACCCGAGACGGAACACCAAAUUAUCCAGAUUCAAACGCAACAGGCGCCCAUUCCCAGCCAAGCGGAAGUUGUAUUGAGCGAUGCUGUGCAAGUCCUUGAGAAGUCGUCCAUGGGUAAGGAGACCGAGACACCCACCAGUUCAGAUGCGAACAGCCACGGGCAUGAGCUGGACAAGGAGAAUAACCGUAUUCGGAAUAGAAGCGUCCCUUCGACUAGCAAGUGUCGCCGCGGUCUAUUCCCAGCGCCAAAGAGCGAUCCUCCGUCGAUUGAAUUAGAUAUGGGGUCGGGGUCGGGCUGGGGCUCGGGCUCGGGGUCUUGGGUGGCCGACUUGGCACAGAAUCCGGUUCCUGUCCAGCAAGGGCAGGACCAGCUUUAUUCCAAUGUUUAUGCGGCAGUUGCCGCCGCCUCCUUGGGGCAAUGCUCUCAGUCGGAGAUUUGCUCGGCCCUGCUGAGGACCCUUCAUACCGAGCAAUUGGUCAAUAUGGCUGCAUACUAUCACAGCUCAAAUGGUACGUCUAGUACGGGAACGGGCACAGGCUCCUCCAACAUAGUCCGGCGCCCGCUGGAGCCGGCCAACACCAAUCUCAUUCACCCGCCGUACCGCACCCACUCGCACUUUGGAUUCCAGACCCCCCGUCAGAUGCCAAGGGCGGCCCACAAGCAUCUGCCAGGGCGCGACGGUUUGGCCGCACUGGGCUACCGGCCCAUGCAGCGGGCCAUCAGUUACGAGGAGAUCUUCGCCAGUCCCCGCUACGAGCAGCUCUGCCAGCACUGCAUCGACAAGCUGCUGCGCCUCAAGCCGGAGCUGCAGCGCGUGCGCGGACCCAACAGUGGCUCCUGCGAGGAGGAUCUGGCCAGCAUGGGCAGCGGCAGUGUCACGCCCAAGCAGCAAAGGCUGGCGCCACUGCCAAAGAUACCCGGCUUGGGGCAACAAGAUGCCAGCACGCAGACCUCGCUUCAGUCCACGAACUUUCUCAGCGAAAUCGAACGCUUCAACUUCUCCGAGGAGUCGACAAAUCUGGGCUUCACGCCAGGUGUGGUGGCCAUCACCAGUGAUUUUAGUUUGCCAGGCUUGGAGGGCAGUCCGAGCGCCAGUGCGACCAGUGCCCCGCCGCCCAGAGCUUAUCCCCCAAUGGAGCCGCGAACGGGCACAAACAUAACCGAAGUGUGGAACUUUGGCAACUGGCAAGAGCCAACAAAUCGGAAUCCAGAGGAUGCUGCCGAUGGGGAGUCGGAGUUCCGCCAACAGCCGCUUACCGAGCGUCGGAUUACCCUGGAGAUCACGCAACAGUUCCAGCCCACUGGAGAGGAGCAGAGGCAGGACCAGGAACAGGACCAGGAGCAGGAGCAGGAGCAGGAGCAGGAACAGAAACAGAAAAAGAAAAAGAAACUUCUAUUGACACGAGAAGUGCGCCACGGCCGCAAGUUCAAAUUCGAGGAAAUCUGGCAGGAGCACCUCCAGUAUUUAAGUGACAAGGAGAAGGUGCAACAGGAGCCGCCGUCCAGGACAGAGCACACACUGGAGGUGAGCCUGGAUGAGCUGGAGGUCAGGGCUUUGCGGGCCAAUGGCUGGCUAGACCAUGAGGGGGACCCAGAGACGGAGGAGAAUCUAGUUCCGAUCGCUGAAGAUGUGUCGCUCCUUCCGCAGGAUGACAAUACGGCGGAUGAUCUGCCGGAAAUCCUGCAAGAUUUCGAGGAUAGUCUCAGCCUGGCCGGCGAAAACCUGCAGAAACUGGUGGCAACCACCAAAAGGCUUCAACUCCUGGAGUUGGAUUACACUGAAGUGUCAGAAACUGGCACGCUCUUCCGAUCGAUCAGCCUGGAGGACAUUCCGAAUGCCAACGACUCGGUUAGCCUGGUGGAACUGGCGACGGAGUUAGCCGACGACACGAGCGAUUCAUCUAACGAGUCCAUCACAUCCGUUCUGAACGACCCGGAAGAGGCCACUGAAAAGGAGAAGGUCCAGAUUGAACGCAACGAUGAAAAGGAUGUCGAUGAGAAUGAGAACGAGAUCGAGACAGGGACAGAGUUUGAAGGCUUCAGCAGUAGCUCUGAGUCGGCCGAAACGACCGAGGCAGAGCCCUUCCAUGGGGAGGAGAUUCCUCCAAGAUACCAACCCCCGCAGGACAGCGAGAAUUUCUCACCGAUGGAACUGGAAAUCUUGAAGCGCAUUGAGGUGGACAAACUCAGGGAGAGCGAGCCCAUCUUUGGCAAAAUUGAUAACAGCAUUCGCAACAAGCUGACGCCCAAGAAGCUGCAGCAUCUGGUCCGGGAGGAGAUGUUCCGCACCUGCACGCAGGUCUACACCUGUCCGGGUCCGAGUACGAGUCGGAUCUCAACCAGCACAAACUCUGCCCUGUCCAUGCACAACAUCAGUGCGCCGUGCAGCUCCACGGCCCACAAGCACCUGGUGACGCGACCCUGCCAUCGAUUAUCGCAGUCUUUGUCAAAUCCCCAGCCACAGCAGCAGGAGGAGGAGGAGCAGUCGGAGGAGAGGGACCGCCUGGACACCCAACCGAGUAGCCCUCUGAAGCGUACCAUCUCCUCCACGACCUUCGUGUGCCGUCGCAGUCCCAACAGGAAGCGCAAUUUCAUCCAGGAGAACAUCCGCAAUGUCGGCAGGCCGCGAUCGGCCACAAGGCCAACGACCAGUUCGAUCAAAAAGCAAAGGACUAUGUCACAGGCCAGGAGCGCUGCCAGCGUGUCGUCCGUGUGCACCUUCGAGAUCGGCCAGCAGGACAACGGGUCUCGUCUUUGGGUGUCCCUACCCAAGCCACCGCGUGCCCAGAACCGGAAUGCUGCAAGUAAUCCAAGCACUCCGCGCCAAAUGCCACGCAGUCCGUACUCGCCCCAUAACAAGCGACGCAAAGCGGGUGUUCAUCUUACGCCUGUGCGGCGUUGCGCCAUGAAUCCGGCCUUGAACCUCGAUCGGAUCUCGUCGGACACAUCGCUGAACUACUCCUUGGAUCGCACGCUCUCGAGCAGCACGUUCUGCCUGCCUACAGAGGGUGAGCCCGAGGCGGAUAACGUUUCGACAACCACAUUCGAGGUUGACUGCAGUCAGGAUCAGGGGCACGAGCAGGAGGAUCAAAGCCCAGUCUCCACUCAAAAUGAAUCUUCAGCAGCUAUGGGAGCAGACGUUGGGAAUGCCACCGCAUGCAGCAUUUACUGCAGUGCCAAUGCCAACACUCAGGAUCAGAGUCACGAAUCGGUGCAAACUUUAAGCGAUAGAUCCCUGACAAGCGAAGAACAGCCAACGGAAGGGGAGACUGCCGGUGAUGGCCAGGAUGAUACCAGGAAUGAUGACACAGACUCGACUAAAGACUCAUCCCACGUAAUAGAAGCUGAUACUGAGACAUCCUGCAAGAGUUCCGAAGGGAUGCAAUCAAUUGAGUUCGAAGUUCAAGAGGCAGAAACCCAGACAAAUCUAGAUGCCGCUGAAGAAGAUUCAUCCUCGUCGGAUGGUCAAUCGAAUACGGAAGAAGAAGAAACCCCUGUAGAGGCCGAAGUAACUAAUCGCGACUCGAAUUUUAGUAGCUCUACUUCAUUCAAAAGUGUUCUCGAAAUGUUCACUCAAAGUGGGGACGGAGACGAAGACACGGAGAGAGACACCGGAGGAACUCCAACGGAAAAGCAGCUUGUGGGCUCCGAUGCCGAAGCAGAUGAAUCGAACGACAACGAAACGGAUACAAAAAAUACUUCCGAUAAAGCGGAGGACAGUGAAGGGGAACAAGAAUCCAGUGUAAUCGGACGAGAUCUAAGACGGAUUGAAUCAGGACCGAUCGAUAAUCAUCCCACUGACACUGGAGACUCGACAAAUGACGGGGAAAACUCCGGCAAUGUGGAAGAGAUGCCUCCGACUAGUUUAACAUUAGGGCUCACCGAAGAGGAACUUCGCGACGAGGAGGAGGUGGGAGCGAUGACCCCCCAGAGAAGUGGCGCCGUCGAGGUGUUAGAUAUGCCAGAAUCUGAAACUGAUGACGAAAAACCAGCAGAUGCGUCAAAGGAAACCCAGAAUCGCGAAACUGGGGAAGUGGGAACAUCAAAGGAGUCUGAUGACGAUGAGAAAGUUGUCCUGGUAACGAAUUGCACUUUACAGGGCACGCAAAUCCAUGUGUGGGAGAACGUGGUGCAAGAAGAGGAUGUGGAUCCUACUCCGGACACGUUUAAACACGAUAAAGAUCUCGAUAAGCAAACGGAUGCAACUGAUUGAUGGUCAAAACAGAGCCGAGCAAAUCCCCAAUAUUUCUUCCCUUGCCCAUCUAUUUUUUUCCACUUUUCUUCUCCACAUUUGCUGUGUCCAAGCAGUCAGUCCUCCAGACCCCCGUCAGAUAUUUUAAUUUUUAUAUGUCUUGAAGGAAUCACAUAUUUACAGUUUUUAUGUUCCCUAUUGCUUGGCAUGAAUGGAAUUUUUGAGUUGUAGCCUUGUUUAUGUGCACUUUACAUCGUAUCAUAUGUAUUCUAACUUACACAAAACACGAUUAAUUAAUUGUAUGUAUGGCAAAGGGUUUG